UUUGUAUUUUCCUUGCUAACAGUUGAUUAUAGAGUUGUUGUCAGUUGUCACGUUGUGUAUGAAAUAUUUGGUUCAGAAAUUGCUAAAACUUAAGAACAGGCCUCUAUAAGCGGACUCAAAAAUUGGUUGUUGACUGUUGAGUGACUUAUUAUUACCAUCCAGUCGGUUGCUUAAACUACGAUUCCGUCCUUGCGCGAUAUGAGUGAACUGCAUAUUACACCGUUGUUGUCAAUGUGAUGGAGGCACACCGGUCGGAAAGCCUGGGAAAUGGGGUCGAUGGGGGAACUGCGAAUCCCACGGGUGACUCUAUCAUGGCUGAGGGAAGCGCGGAUUUGGAAGGCGUUGGCGCCGAUGCGAAUUCCCUAGUGACUGCGGAGCAUGGCACCCUAAUCCCCCACGAGGGGGAGGCCGAAGCGAACAGUAUCAGCCGCACACCGGCGACAACGCACUGGUUGCGCGCACUAUCUUGGAGAGGCCGCACUGUCCUCCUCAUCGUCUGCUUGGCGGGGUACUGCGAAAGUGCAGUGUAUUCGUGUCUGGCGCCGUUCUUUCCGCUUGAGGCCACGAAGCGAGGCGCUACGGACACACAGAUCGCGCUGAUCAUCGGCAUCUUCCAGUUGGUGGUGUUUCUCGUUUCUCCCGUGUUCGGCAAGUAUGUAACACAUUUUGGUGCCAAAUUCCUCUUCGUGUGCGGAUUAAUUGUGUGCGGCUACUCCAUGUGCGUCUUCGGUAUCCUCCAGUACUGCCCACCGGGAUCGUCCUACGUUGCUUCAGCCUUCGCCAUUCGGAUUGUCGAAGCCGUCGGAGGCGCCGCUUAUUUGACAGCGGCCUUCGCAAUCAUCGCCAGGGAAUUCCCGGAGCAGGUGUCAACGGUGUUUGGCCUGGGCGAAAUGAUGUCUGGGCUAGGCUACCUAUCUGGACCGUUGGUGGGCAGUCUCCUAUACCAGCUGGCGGGCUUCAAGAUGCCUUUCCUCGUCCUGGGCGCCCUGGAGAUCCUCUGUGGCUUCCUGGCAUGGUAUCUGUUGCCUUCCCAAACUGACAUUCUUUCCAGCGAAUAUGCCGGCACUUGGAAACUGCUGCGGAUGCCCAGGAUGAUUAUUUCUCUCGUGUCGAUAUUUUCUGCGCUGGGCGCGCUUGGGUUUUUAACGGCUACGUUCGCUGAUCAACUGGAUAAACAACACUUAGCCACGUACGCAAUCGCCCUGAUCUUCAUCCUGCCCAGCUUGGCGUACAUUGUAUCGGCGCCGUUGGCGGGAUAUUUGAGCGAUAAGAAGAACAUGGGCGUUUCUUUGAUGGCCGUGGGAUCGUUGAUAAUUACCGGUGCUUUUAUUGUCGUGGGACCUUCUCCUUUCGUCGCCAGCCAACCCACGGUGUGGACGUAUUCGGUUGGUGGUGGUCUUUUGGGCGUUGGCGUGGCGCUGGGGGCUAUCCCCUGUUUUGAUAUCGGCCUCAAGACGGCCAUAGGGCGCGGGUUUUCUGAUGACUAUCACACGUACGGAUUAGUUUCGGGCGUUAUCGGAUCGGCUAUAGCGCUGGCAACAUUUGUCGGGGCAGCUUUAGGAGGUUUGUUUGUGGAAAACUAUGGCUUCGCCUUGGCCACGACGGGCGCGUCCGGCGUGUCGCUCGUCCUGGCAGUAAUCAUUGUUGGCUUUCUUCUGUACGAAAGGAUUUUGGCUGCACGUUUAAGCCAUACUGCAAAUUAAAUCGUAAAGUAUUUUUAUCUUUUGAUGUUUGACGCUUUAGCGGAUCGUGGGCUUAUGGAUCAGUUAGAACUCAGUAUACUGUAUUUUGUGCAACAGUUCAUUCGCUUCGUAAAGCUGUGAGAAUGGUUUUGUGAUUUUUUUAUAAAAUACUCCUGUGAUUUAAUCAAAUCUGUGAUUUAAACCUUGCUACCUUGGAUAUGUAUUAAAAAUAAAUUGUUAUUGCAAUAUAAUGUUGAUCUUUUCCGCAAAACUACAAAAGCAUCGCCGGUCUUCUUGCAAGGAAAAG